ACCGCUCCCCUUCUCUAUCUGCACCACACAGACGCAACAAAUGAUAGGCUACCACUUGGGGAGCGUAUUCAAUUUACUAUAAUGUCAAAUGUGUCAUGGUGGCUUUAUCGGACAGUUUUCUAUCCCUGGCUGGCUGGCUGAAUGAUAACUAUUAUAUACCUAAACGAAUUGUCGACACGGACUUCCUCGGGAAUAGGACCUGUUGCAUUUUUUUUGUUGCUUUUCAUAUUCGAAUCAUGUGGAAGUGUUGAGAUGAGGACGAAAGUGGAAUUGGUUCCGCGUAUAAAUUGUUAAAUAGUGAGGCUACCGUAGUUUCGUGCCACAUGUUUUUUCUUCAAUGCGUUUAGUUGAUAUGGCGACAGUUGACUCAACUCGAUGAAACUUCAUCGGCGGCGUGUCCCUGUUGAACACCGCAGCCUGAAGACAUCGGUGUCACGCACCACGAACUGUCAUUGUACAGCCAUCCGUAGAUUAGCCGACGUUGAAAGGAGAGAGAAGAGGAACUUACUUUUUAAAAACUUUUUUAUUACCUGAACUAAAUUAUGACUUCGGUUUGGAAAAGAUUACAACGCGUUGGCAAGAAAGCGUCAAAAUUCCAGUUUGUGGCGUCCUAUCAAGAACUUGUGUUGGAAUGCACUAAGAAAUGGCAACCAGAUAAAGUGAGGGUGGUUUGGACCAGAAGAAAUAGGCGUAUGUGUUCCAAGCUUCAUGGAUGGCAGCCGGGCAUCAAGAACCCAUACAGGGGGAUGGUGGUGUGGCCCGUACCUGAAAAUGUGGAUAUCUCCCUCACACUCUUCAGGGAUCCCCAUUCCGACGUGUUUGAAGACAAAGACUGGACGUUUGUCAUUGAGAGUGAGACGAAGGGCCAACGUAAGGUGUUGGCUUCAGUGGACGUGAACAUGAAGAAGUUUGCCAGUCCCACUCCCACUCAGCAAGACCUGACAUUGAAGCUGAAGCCGCUGUCUGUCAAGGUGCUGGAGGCCACUCUGAAGCUCUCCCUGUCCUGUGUGUUUCUCAGAGAAGGGAAAGCCACUGACGAGGACAUGCAGAGUCUGGCCAGUCUGAUGAGCGUCAAACCCACAGACAUCGGUAACCUUGACGACUUCAACGAGAGCGACGAGGAGGACGACAGGAGGUUCAGUGCUGGAGCUAGCAUUAGCAAAGCGGCCGCAGCUCCUCCUGCUCGUCCAGUGCGCCUCCCGGAAAGGAGGCCUUCUCCUCUAAAACAUCCCCCUGUCAUAGCCUGUGGGAAAGAGAGUGGCAAAGCUGGCACUGUCCCUGUCCUCCAUUCAAGGCCCCCCCUGCCUGUCCCCCUGACCCCCUCUCCCCGUCUUCAAACCCGCUCCAGACAUGCACGCUCUGUGCCACCCUCCCCUGAGCCCCCCAGGCCACCAGGGCCCCCAGUCCCCUUGGUGCCCUCAUCCUCAGUGCCAUUAGGGCCCCUAGGACCCCCAGUUCCCUCAGUGCCAUUAGGGCCGCUAGGACCCCCAGUUACCUCAGUGCCAUUAGGGCCCCUAAGACCCCCAGUUCCCUCAGUGCCAUUAGGACCCCCAGUUCCCUCAAUACCAGUGUUUACCUGCCAUCAACCACCCUCUGUAUCAUCAGCGCCCUCACUGCCUGCCUUUACCCACUAUCAACCACCGGCACUGCCCAAAAUCUUCCGUCCCAGCAGCGGCUCAGCGCCUGUGUCUUUUCUGAGUAGUCUCCCGGGGGCUUUGUGUGGCCCUGCAGUGGAUUUGAAGCCCCGGGGUGUUGGUCAAGUGGCCCCCGAUCGGCCCCAGUUUAGACCAGCUGAGCCCCUGGCCUCUGGCCUCUCUCAACACCCCUCUCUACCCUCCGGCCCACAGAGAGGUACCGGAUGCAUGGAAGCUCGCUCAAAUGUCUUCCGUCCUCAGAUUGUAUCGACUCAACAGCGUCCGUCCUCCCCCUCUAUCUUUUCCUCUGCUGCAUCUCUUCAAGACAAAAACACUGCUACUACUGCCCUGUCUCAGGCAGAGCCAUCCCUACCCGAACCUCAGCUCCCCAACACUCCGCCAACCUCCAUCCGGCAAAGGGAGUGGGGGAGGCCCAGGCCUGUGUCAGUCCCCAGUGGCCCCUCUGUCUCUGGCCUGUCCCCCUCCUAUUCCUGUCCCUCUCCCAGGGAUUCCAUGGCCCCUGUCCCUCUGCUGACUAGCCCAGACCUGGAUGCUCUGUGUGACCCUCACUGUCCUCCUUCCAUCCCUUUCCCUAAGUCCUCACCUCCCGUCAAGUGUCUUUUCUCUCGCAACCCUCCCUCUCCUCGCUCUAACAACCACUGUAAACGUGCCCUAGUCGUUGCCCCUCUCUCUGACCCUCUACCCAAGCCUGUCCCUUUGCUUCCUGCGACUGUCCGUGCCUCUGCUUCUGCAGCUCUCACUGCCUCCCAGUCAGAGAUCCAGAGGGAGUUAAAUACUCUCACAGAAGAGGAAUACCACAGUCCUGCUACACUUGGGCCGAAACUGUCAGAGCAGCAGAGCCUGUCUGUCUCAAGUGAGACCCUUCCCCUGGCCCUGAACAGAGGGGAUGAGUCUCUCCGCUCCCCCAGAACUGCUGGCACCAUCAGGAUCGCCAACCAACAAGCCUCUGCGUCCCUGGAGAGAGACCGGGAGAGCCGACCGGAGUCAGAGAAAGCCGUGGGGUUGAAAGAUGGCGGGACCAUCAAAGGUUCUGGGCAAGAUGGCAGCCCAGCAACUGGUAUCCCUGGCCCUACGCCCACAGAAGUCUCUGAAUCAGCGGAGCUUAUUCCAGCGCUCCCUCCUCCAUGGCCUUUCUCUAGCCCGGAGACAGAAGCACCAGAGAGCACUACCCCUAAAGAGCCUUCUACCAACAUCCUGGGAGCAUUUAGUGCUGAUAUCCCGCCAUUGGCCGGAAAGAAGUCUGGCUUCAAACAGACGUCCAAUGAGACCAAGGAAGUGCCUUAUCAACCUGCCAAGCCAGAGGACUCCUCUCCCUCGACCCUGGACAAAACACCUUUUAUUGCAGACAAGCCGCCAUUGGCUGAGCCUGAGCUCGACUUUGAUGACGUAAUCAUAGAGACGCCUGAUCCAUCAGUCACGGCAGGUAACUUGUUUUUGGAGGACAACGCAGGCGAAGAGGGAUCAAAAGCGGACACAAUAAAGAGGUCGCCAUUCAGCAUCUUGAAGACUCAAAUGGAACAUCUGGCUGGAGGUGUUGAACAGGAAGCUGAUGUAAAUUCAACGGCAGGGCCAUAUUCAAAAAUGGCAACAUCAAAAGAGCACAGGCCAGUUGACACGCAGCUACUUCCAGAGAUUGUAAACAUCACGUGUGAAGACACAGCCGAGAAGCACGGCAAAGGCCAAGAGAAGCCCGUGGAGAAGAAGCAGGAGAAACAAAGGCUGACACCUGAUUUUCCCUGUUUAUAUGACCUCAACAAGUCAGAUGAAGACAAGGAAAUUAUGAAAAACAUGGCUGCCCUGGAGGCUUGUCCUCCCAGUAUGACAUCCACACCAGCUGAGUCAUCCAGUAUUCAUACUCAAGAGCUCCCUCCUCUGGAGAAAAAGCCAAUCAAAGCUAAAAGGCCAUCAUGGGCUGAGGAGGUUAUGGGCUCCAAAGAGGAGGACAAGAAACAGAUGGACAAUCAACCCCAGGAUGAGAAGGCCUCAUUAUCACAAGCUGAUGAGCACAAAUCGGCCCCCCUUGAAGUUCAAGCUAACAGGAGUGAUGAGGAGUCACAUAGUUCAGAAUGGAAUUCAACGGAAGAGGAGGCAGGCAUUUCGGAAGCCCACAGAGGGGAUAAUGGCUGUGUUCAGAAAGAGCGUUCUUCUGACCACGUGUCAUCAAAAGCGGACACAUUUCCCUUGUCAGGCAGUGUCAGUGUAGAUAAAACCAUAGAAAUAGAUUUACUAUCAAAUAUCAGUAAUCCUAUUUCUAUAGUGAAAACCAUGGAUGCCACGCCAGGAAGCUUAGAGACACCCCAUGUGGCUGAACCCCCUCAAUAUCAAGUUGUUGAACCUAUGGUCCAAUUCAGCUUGACAUUAGAGACCAUAGCUGAGGAUGCAGUGGCGCAGGCAGAGCUUCCCCUCUGGGAGGCCCUGGAGGAGAACGCUCAGGAUCCGAAACCAGAGCAGGACUCUGGAGAGGAGACGAUCAAAGAUGAAGUCCUCGGAGAGGAACAGGGGAAAGUCGAUGAGAACAUGCUAGUGCCGGGGGUAGAAUCACCGGAGACAGGCUCAGACAAAGCUGUUAAGCCAGAAGCUGGCAUUACCAGAGAUGAGGGUCACAAGACGAUCACCUCCGAUGAAUCAGAGGUGUUCCAAAUGCCACCUACCCCAGAGCCCACACCCCAGUCUCCUGAAUCACUUCUAAAGGAGACUAUUGUAGAGGAGGGUAAAGACAGUGAACCAUCAACUUCACCGUCUACACCCCCUCGGCACCUCUCCACGAAGGUGUUCAGUAGCUCCACCAUGAAGCGCUCAUUGCAGAUAGACACGCUUGUGUCAUUGGAAGCAGCCAUUUCUCCAGCUGGAGAGUCAGAUUUAAACGAAGAGGACCUAUGCGAUAUGAAGUGUCCUCCCAGCACGGGGGCUGUAGAGGCAGAGAAGCCUCUAUGGGCUGCUUUAGAAGAGAAAACUAAGGAGAAAGGGACAGAGGGCGUAGGCAUGAGCACAUUGGAGGCAACAAAGAGUACCUUGCAAACAGGCCCAUCUGGACAGGGAUCUGUAGCAGAGAUCCACUUGACUGAGUACCUAGAGGACACUCCCCUCCCGUCUCCCUCCAAGGAAAAUAGAGAAACAGACAUUUACUUUGACUGUGACAGUUCAGUGGAAUUGUACACGCCAUCAAAGGAGGAGGCCCCCAUUCGCCUUCCUAAGAAGAAGAAGCAAUUAUACCUGGAAAAAUGUGCUGUUGUCAACACUGAGAGUGAAGAAGGUGAAAGUGAGUCUCGUUCCUCCGUGGUCGGCCCAGAACAAGCCGACAAUGAGCAGCAGCUAGAUCCGGAGUGGAAGAAAAGUUCCGUGGACGCAUCAGAUUUAAGUACAAGAGAAGAGUUGGAAGAUGAGCAGGUUUUGGGGAGGCUGGCGCAGGUUCCCGUAGCGGUACAGGAGGAGGGUCUUGAUGUUGAUGUCUUCAUGAGAGCAUUAGUGAGGGCCAUGUACAGAGGUUAUGAGACUGUGACUUCCAUACUUCAGCCAUCUGGCCUAAUGAUGUCUAAUGAUGAGGUAGGAGAACCAGACUCAAGACCACUUUCUCCAUCUGAGUUUGAGAUCCUACCACCUGAAGCCUUUUCUGAUGCAUUGGAGGAACUCCCAGUCAUGGUCACAGACUCAUCACCUGUCCAGUUGGCCCACAAGAAUGAAACGACUGAAGAGACUGGCAGGCUAAGCUUAGUGGAGACUUUGUGUUUAGCUGCUGUGGAGCAAGAGAUGUUCAAGGACCCAAUCACCAAAAUUGACCAAGAGGUCAAACCUCUGAAGGAGUCCACCAAACCACAUAAAGAGACUACCAAACCACUGAAGGAGAGCACAGAACCACUGAAGGAGAGCACAGAACCACUGAAGGAGAGCACAGAACCACUGAAGGAGAGCACAGAACCACUGAAGGAGAGCACAGACCCACUAAAGAAGAACACAGACCCACUGAAGGAGAGCACAGACCCACUGAAGGAGAGCACAGAACCACUGAAGGAGAGCACAGAACCACUGAAGGAGAGCACAGAACUACUGAAGGGGAGCACAGAACCACUGAAGGAGACGAACACUGCGAAGGGUAAACCAGAGAAUGAUGUUUGUCCACCUUUGUUACCACCUGUAGAAAACGAAAAGGAUGCAGAAAGCUGUACAGACAAUUUCCCACCACUGAGAGAAGCAGAGCUGGAUGAAAUAGCUUAUGAGGAGUGCUUGGAAGACAAUGACGCCACCCCUAUCGUUAACUACACUAAAGCCCGUAAAGAGACAAUCAAGGGAAAGACCAAGACAGUGUUCAUGCCUGACAGCGAUUCAGAUGAGUUGGAGUUUGAGAUGGGGCAGGAGGAUAUAGGCACAGUGUGGCUAGCAGAGUUGUACAUGGAUGCAGGUCGAGCGGUGUUCUCUUCUUCACCACCUGCUCCGCACGAGGUCAACCGCCCUGAUAGUGUGUCCACACAGCAGGCCACAUCAGUGGGGUCCCACCCUGCAGGACCUAUUACUGGAACCAUUGAACUGGAGCCACUUCCCCGUCGUCGCAGCAACAAAAAAAAAUGCACUCCUCCAGUGCCUCUUCAGGAAGUAGGCCCAGAGAGAGUUAGUCAAGACACGGCCCCUGUUGCCAGUUGCCUGGCUCCACCAAAGCGAAUCAAAAAGAAAACUGUUCCACCACCCGAUAAUACGGAUAGUGAGGCAAUGGCACGUGAGAGCAGCAAAUCUAGCUUAAUAAAGGAGACUUUUAACACUGACGCUAAAGAGGAAGACAUUCCAAAACCACUAAUCCUCGCCAUGGAAACGACUUCUUCAGAUAGCAUUCUGGUGACAGCCAGAGAGAAGGGAGCCAAUGACGAGCCUCAUCUAGCAAAGGAGGGUGAUGAUGAGAAAGAUGUCCCAGAGAAAGAUGUCUCUGUCAGCUCAGUGGUCCCAUGGCCUCUACGGCCCUCUCAACCUGGAACACCUACUACAUGUCCCAAGGUCCCUCACAUAAUCACUACGGAACCCCCCAAAGAGGACCUAAGCCUAAUUGAGGAGGAAAUGUUGCUGCUGGCUAAGAUUAGUCAGAUGGCAGGAGAAGAGCCAUCAGAUGUGCCUGUGUUUGUGCCUGUGCCUGCCACGCGCUUCAGGAAACGCCUGAUCCCCUCCUUCCAUGAGGACGACCCUUUUCUGAACCCAGAAGAUCUCCCAGCCUCCGAAGCCAGUGAGGAACAAGAGACUCCAUUACCAGUGGUCCCUCAGGAAGCCAGUCUAGACAGGCCUGAGCCAAACCACCUAGAUCUAGAUGGAAGGAAAGGGCGGCAGGAAAUCAUUAGUGAGCCCUCCACCAUAGCCGCCGCCUCCUCAAAUCGUAGCCCAUCAGAAACGAUUACUGAGGUUAAUCCGGUGGUGGCAACCACUGAGGGUAUGACAUCAUCAGACUCUGCUGUGAACUCGACAGUCCGUUCAAAGGAGCCAGCGGAGGUUGAGGAAAGUAUCCCGAUGACCGAGACGGUGACAGAUGGGGUACCUGUUGACACAGGGUUGAAAGUAGACAGCGGUGCGCUCUCUACAGUUUACCGUGUCCCUGCCCAAGAGGAGCGCUUGUUAUUGACUGAAACCGGGGCAACAGUCCUCAUUGGGAAGGUGCCUGAAUCAGGGGUCGAGGAGGAGGAUGGUCUUGAGAUAGAACAGGAUGCUACUCUGUGCACUGUAGAUACACCAGUGGACGGGGUGGAUGAACAAUCUGAGACGGCUGAGGAGGGAAAGACGUCCGGUGACCUGGCUGUCCCAACGAUAUGCUCAGCCACCCAGCCAUCCGCACCAGACACCACAACCCAGAGGAACGACCAGCCCCCAGCCACCAGCCCAGGCAGUGAAGAGCCACAGUCCAAUGGACAGACCCCAGCAGAUAAGGGGGUCACCUCUGGUCAAGCGUCGGACACGAUUGUACCUCCCCGACGCAGCAAGAAGAAAACCCUUUCCUUUCCUGUGGUCCUUCAGGAAGUUGCCCCGGGGUCCUCCGCUACCACGGCGGACAAGGAUGAAGCCGAUACGAAAGAUGUGCUAGUCCUCAGCCGACAGGAGAUGUCAGGUCCACUGCCCAGUCCCGGGCUGGUCACCUCCAGCAAGUCUCUGCUGGAGUGGUGCCAGGAGGUUACGAAGGGGUAUAAGGGAGUGAGGGUCACCAACUUUAACACCUCCUGGCGUAAUGGCCUGGCUUUCUGUGCCAUCCUACACCACUUCUAUCCCGACAAGAUAGAUUUUGAGGCACUGGAAACCAAUGACAUCAAGUUAAACAACAAGAAGGCCUUUGAUGGCUUUGCCGCGCUGGGCAUCUCCCGUCUAAUGGAGCCCUCAGACAUGGUACUGCUCUCUGUGCCAGACCGCCUGAUCGUCAUGACUUACCUGAGUCAGAUCCGCACCCACUUUACGGGGCAGGAGCUGAGUGUGCUUCAGAUAGAGCACAACAGCAGCCAGUCCAGCUAUGCAGUGACUGAGCCCAGUCAGGGUUCUGACGUGGAUGCUGCUGCUCGCUUCUGUGCCCGCAAGCUACAGGAAGGUAGCAUCUCCCUGGAGGACGGUGCGACUGAACAGGCCUCUAAGCCCAAUGGGAGCCUAGUGCCACCGCCUCGGACGAAACGGUUGACAAAGGGGGAGGAGAAGGGGAGCGGAGCUGGGGGUUCGGAAGGGGGAGCGGGUGGAUCACAGACCCCAGUGCCUCCACCCAGGUCACACGCCUCUGCAGCGAAAUCCGGAUUUGGUCACGUGAGAGAUGCCGACCUGGUGAAGAAAAGGCGCUUGCGGCUGAAGAGUGAGUCUAUGGAUGAAGGGGAUGGGCUGGAGCAACAGAGUAGCACAUCCAAGAGCACAGAGUCAGCUGAAAGUGUAUCAGACAAAGCAGUGAAGAACGGCUCCUCAGAAUCAGAGACAAUGAGCCCAGUGCCUGUCCAGGAGUCCAGUGUCUCAAGCCAGGAGGAGGAUACUCUGCGUCUGCAGGACACCAGUCAGUAUGUGCUGAGUGAGCUGCAAGCCCUGGAGACUGAACAGAAGCACAUCGACAACCGAGCAGGCGUCGUGGAGAGGAGACUCAGAAGACUGAUGGAAUCAGGUAGCGACCAGGACGAGGAAGAGAAGCUAAUCCAGGAGUGGUUCACUCUGGUCAACAAGAAGAACGCCCUUAUAAGGAGACAGGACCACCUGGAGUUGCUGCAGGAGGAGCAGGACUUGGAGAAAAGAUUUCAGCUACUGAAUAGAGAACUCCGAGCCAUGAUGGCCAAUGAAGAGUGGCAGAAGACUAAGGCCCAGCAACACCGGGAGGAGCUCCUGCUGCAGGAACUGGUCUCUCUGGUCAACCAGCGGGACGAGCUGGUCAGAGACAUGGACGCCAAAGAGCGAGGGGCCGUUGAGGAGGAUGAGCGCCUGGAGCGGGGGCUGGAGCUUAGACGCAGGAAGUUCAGCAACAAAGACAAGUGUGUGCUACAGUGAGAGAAGGGACGACAAUGACAAAUACCAACCCAUCCAGGAACUAAACCUCCACAAUCCCUGCUUCAUACCAAGCUCUCACUCACUCAGCAUCCUACAGUAUGAAACAACCCUAGGAACCUGCCACCCCAGCAACAAAUCCAAAGCCCUCUCUACCGAUGGGAUGAUUGUCAAGCAGUGUUUUCUCUCCUUAACUGGGAUUUUGGGACUGGUCAUUAAUGAUCAAUUACGUCCCCUGGGAUGCUGGAGCUGUGUGCCUUCCCCUUUGGAGAUACUUGAACCAAAUUUCCCCCUGUACGGUGAAGGUCCCUCAUCCACUUCAAACUUUUGAUUGAAAAAACGAGGACCUCUACAGUUGUCAGUCAAUAUGCCUUACUCUGUCAUUCAGUAGACAGAAAGCCCACUGUACCAACAGGUGUGUGUGUGUGUGUGUGUGUGUGUGUGUGUGUGUACACCUUUAGCCCACCAAGAAGAUAAGUGGUUCCGUAAUUAAGUGCCUACUCUCACAUCUGUAAACAUGUCAUUGAUCUUAUCUGGUCCGACAAUAUACGAUAAUCAACUAUAUUAGAUAGUUUGCGCUUUGCCUUAAUGCUUUGGUGGAACUGGCUAUUAAAAGAACGGUCUGGUGGUUUCGCACAAAAUAUUAAAAGGGCUCUGUACACAGGAGGACUGACCGUUCUGUGUUUUACUUUGGACCCAGAUGUUUGACGACAGACUCAAGUUUGCGAGAGUACCACGUGUUGAGCUUUUCUGGUGUCGAAUAUGUGUUUUCAAUUUUCAAUCCUUCUUUUAUUUAUGGUUUGGACAUUUUGCAUGAGAAAUGUUUGGGUUCGGUGUGUGUCAUAUUGAGCAUAUAUGAACAGUCAAUCAAUCGACCCCAAAAUGAAAGGAAAAGUGGACAGUAAACAAAACGUGAGACUUUAGUUGUAGAGAGAAGCUAGUAGUACUACUUGGAAUACAUACAGGACAAUAAAUGCCAUCCUGUAAAUAUUAAUAUUUAUACUCUGUUAUAACCUGGCACUGCAGUUCUUUUCAUGUUUUUUUGUUUGUUAGCAAAGAACUUUAGUUUCACAUUUCUAUUAUCACAGAUGAUGAUGAUGAUGAUGAUGAUUUGUUACUAACCACUGGUCCAAUGGAAAAUGCAAUGGCGUAUUACUUUGUCCCAGCCUCUUUUUAAAAAGGACAUUCGAACACAAUAUGUUUUGUUUAAACCAGGGAAUGAUAAAUAAUACAUUUUUGAAGUUUAAAAAGAAAA